GCACGAGUGUAUGAAACUCGACUUAUCAUUGUGUUGAAGACCUUUGUGCUUACAGUACGUGGUACUUAGCAUGUUGAAAUGAGUGCAAAAAGUAGGAAAUUGCUGCAAGUGAUAUCUGGGUGGGAGGCGGUCGAGUUAGUGUUUAGAUGCAUACUUGUAGGCAUAUGGCAAAUCAUACAGAUCAUAGUGAAAAGAAUGUGGAAAGGACACCGGAGAAAACUAACCAAGAAUUUCCCACCGGUUGAACUUUCAGUGGAUUCGUCGAUAGGGACGCACUGCUAUAUCAAAAUAAUGGGGGUAAAAUAUCACUACGUAGAAAGCGGCCCCAAAAACGGCCCAGUAGUCCUCAUCCUGAGCGAUGCGCCUGAAACCGAGGACCUUUGGGGCCCAACCUGGACCAGGGUGGUCAAGCGGCUGACAGAGAACGGUCACCAUGUGGUCACCCUCGACCUCCGAGGCACGGGAGGCAGUGAGGGAGGCAGCCGCAGUGACCUGUCCCCACCUAGAGCUGUGGAGGAGGUGUCAACAUUGAUGGAUGCCCUCGGCGUCACAGAAGACAGGCCGGCCAUUUUGAUCGGGUUUGGAGUUGGGGGAAUGCUCACUUGGUACUUGGCGCACUGCUACGGGCCGCUGAUCAGCAAGUUUGCGGUGGUCGGCGCACCUCAUCCGAAUCUCUACUGGCAGUACCCGCCCGCUGCGUUUGCGCAACAAGCGCUGCAUUUUAUACAGUGGCCCCACUUCCCUGAGCGGUGGCUAGCUGAGGGCGAGUUCCAGGGCGGGGAAGAGGGACGCUGGACCAGCUCCCGCGCCUGCGACUGGACUGGCGCGCUCAACUACGUCAGAGGAGCAGCGUGGUGGCGCAUCAAGGAAGGCCACCGCAUUGACCCGCCUGGUCUACUUGUGGGAGCCCGGGACAGCGCUGCACAGCUCGUGUCCAGUACUCACUACUGCAGCAAUUCUACGUUGAGGCUGGUGUCCAAGCCAGACCCGUCUGAUAUAGAGCUACCGGCGGCUAUGCUGGACUUCCUGAUUGCUACACCCAAAGAAAGGCCGAUAGAAGAGGUAACCUCCCGAGGUCUGGUGGGACGAAUGCUUGGAGCCGUGGCAGGUCGUGGAAGAGAGCUUACUGCCAAGCUCGUUCUACCAGCGCAAGCGUAGUGUUACGUCAUGCGCAAUCGUGGUAACUUCUUACAUUUUAUAUCGGUUCCAAGGUUGUUUAUUUGUCUCUAGAACUAUUGAUCAGAAAGAAAGAAAACAUGUUUUUGGGCCCCACCAAGGAACAAAACAAAACAGAAAUAAUUAGGAACGCACCAAAGCUGAUUCCACUUCUUUUUUUCGUUGUUUUCGUGUCGACAACAAACCUACACAGUGUCAGCCCAAAACUCCGCCACAAGAGUGGCGUUGUCAGUAGCACUCAUCAAAUCCUCCUGAGUGCAGUUGCUUGGGCACUCAGGGCAUGACACUCAGUGUAUGGGAUUAGUGGUAAAGACACUGGCAGGGUUAUUCUGUCAAGCUGUAGAUCUCCCAUUUGAUUCUGGUAAAUGAGAGAAGGUUAUGCUCUUGCAAUUGAGACUAACUGACCAGUAGGUCUAAGAUGAGCGCCGCGAUAAGCGCUUAUCACGCCAUUUUAUCGAUUUUGCCCAUACAUUUUGACGUCGAUAAAAGUUAUCACGGCGUGCAUCUUAGGCCUACUGAUGAAGCUGUAGAUUCUGGCUACACAGGAGUGGCAGCAGUGAUAGAAAGAGUUUUUGUUAAUUGGGACCAUACUUUUUUCUGGUAAGUAUAGUUUUAGAGAUAGGGUCAUUCCAAAAAUCGGACACAUCAAAUGUUUUGUCCUCAAAUCAAACGGUUCGAGUGUGUCUACUUAAGUAAAAUACUCAUACUAUAUCUUGUGUACAGUGUGAGAUAUUCCUGGUGUUAUUAGAAGUGGAAAAUAAUUUUAAAUAUCGUGUAAGUGGUUUAUUGAAUGCAAUUAUUUGAAUGUUGUUUGAAUUUAAUUUUAUCAAUACAGAUUUUUUAUAUUUUUUUAUAAUUUAAUAUUUUACGCUGUUCUAGUAACCAAAGAUAGAUGCAUUAACAAUAAGAUAUGCGUUAUUAAUUUAUAUUGUUUUACGAAAUAACUUUUGCUGGUUUUGUAAUAAAACUACGUCAACAAGUGCAAACGCUUUUUUAAUGCAAUAUGCCCACCAAAAGCUAACCAUUUAUAAAUUUUCACUAUCAAUAUAUUAUAUUCACAAGUCAA